UUCCGAUCAUCCACGUUGCGUCCUUUUGCUGCAAUCGCAUUUGAGUUGUGCUGUGUUUAGUGAUCAUUACUUACAAAUUUAUAUUCUAAAGUGACCAAAAGAUUCGUAAAUAGUGUGACCAAGUGUAUCAGUGCAGCCCCAAGACCUGACCACCCGUUUUCUGCUCCAGAACAUCCGGACAUUCAAUACCAUCAACGGUCCGAAGCUGCGCGAACGGCCUCACCACUACACCUACCCUGAGCCAGUCAAAGACCGGAUCCUGGAGUUCUCCACCACCACCAAGAAGCCUGGAAUCUUGCCCGACCAGAUGAACCCAGGAGUAAUCUUUCGGGUGCGAAUGUCCGACGCCAUAUUGCGAAUCAAGCAGCGCAUGUACGAAGACCCAGAAAGGCAUAUUGAAGCUGAUAUAAUCUACACUAAUUUGAUCAAGAAGGUGGUAAUGGACGAAAUCACGAAGUUCCAUAAUUUAUUGUUGAUGUAUAAGACAGAUAAAAGCAUUAAGGAGCAUUUGGGAGAGUGUGGUGGAAGGAUCUAUAAGUUCAUCAGCUACAUGAGUAUCAAAGUGCACAUUUAUUGCCUGUUCGAUGCCCUUUGGAUUGACGGAAAUCCAUACGUCAUUGGUGAUGAGUACUCAGUGACUCCUGUGGAAGUGCCCCCCAUGUUGCAGUGCGAUGCAGCUGAGUGCAACUCUGUGGUGUUUGUGGACUCCAUAACGGAGCCUAAAGAUGUUGAGGAGUAA